AUAAAAGCUAUUUUUUGAAGUGUGAAAGUAAAUGUAAUACAAAUAGUGAAUAUAUUUACAGGUUAACCAACACGUGAUUAGAGUCACAAAUAGAAAAACACAAAAGUGUUAAUAAUAGUUAAAGAUAAUUAAUAGUUGAUAGUCGUCCCAAUGUCUGUGGUUUUGGUUGGACCUUACGACUCUCGUAGCUACGUCAUAGGCAGUUACAUCCUCUAUGUCACUCAGAAACAAUGCGAGUCCUUCUUCUACCAAUUGAUACCAAUGAAAACGGAAAGAUGGAAGGACUGGUUGAGGAAGAUAUGCAAAGAAGAGAAUUGGAAUUUCGAAGAUGUGAGAAGGGAGAAAGUUCUUUCCUGGAGGGAACAAAGCUAUUCUGGAGGGCCAAAGGUACUUCUUGGUGGCCUUCCUUCUCUUCUGGAAUAUAUGAAGGACAAAUAUGGAGUCUCCAGGGAUCUGACAACUGAGCAAGUUUCUCAACUGAUUGAGCUAUCGACAGAGCACUGGAAAGAGAUGGAAGAGGAAGAAGCGAAAAAUAAAGGAUCUGGUGGGAAUAUAUCGAUCAUUGGAGCUGGAUCAAAUGAAGCGAUUUCAUUCCUCCUGUAUGCACUCAUGACAACCAAAACUCCAGUGAUCAGGACUGGUAUCAAAAUAAAACUUUUUGAAGCUACUGAUGAACGAGAAGAGCAGCUUAAAAAGAAUUUCGAUAGGAUGAGCACUGUUGAAAGCAACAUAAAUAUUUGCAUUGUGGAUGAUUUAAUAGAUGUAUUAAAAAACUGCGAUGUCCUUAUUUUUGUUGGUGAUAAAUUUAGGACUACAGGAAUGGAUAUUGAAAAAUUCCUAUAUUUGGAAAAAGCUCUGUAUGGCUCUUACGGGUUUCUCUGUAAUUACCACAUGGAAGAACAAACCAAAGUAAUUUUUGCAUGCAUGGAAAAUGCUGCGUUUAACGCAACUUGUUUUCUGGCGGAAGCUCGAGCUGUUGAUAAAAAAAAAGUUGUUGCGCUCACUUCGUAUCUUGGCACAGAAUUAAAAUUGUACAUCAGCAAGAUGGCAGGAUUCCCAGUAGAGUCGCUCGAACAAAUACCAGUUUGGGGUAUGGCAGACACUUGCCAUCUUGUUGAUGCGGACAUGGGUAGCUUGAUCUUCAGAGUCCCCGAUCGUUUCAAUCCGAACUACCCCAACAUAAAGUCUUUGGCUCAUCACAUCGAGGAUGAUAAAAUAAAAUUGCAGUUAUACAAGAUGUGGAAAGUACAACAGGAUAAAUGUGUCGCUGAAUGGAGGUGGUCGCAAAUAAAGAAAAAUUUGAAAAUAGAAGAGACAAAGGCUGAUAUUCGCAACAAGCGUUUAGAUGUGCUCAAUUCUCUAGCUAGUUGUUACAGGGAAAUGGAGAAGAGAAUGGGACGAAUACCGUACUGGACUCUUUGGGAUAAGUCGAUGGCUCAAGUUCAGGAAGGAGAAGAUUAUUACUCUCCUGAGAAUAUGUAUAGGAGGUUCAGGAAGGGCUUAUAUCAAGUCGUUCAAGAUAAACGAUAUUUUGAAAAUGAAGAGAAAAAAACAUCAAAGAAAAUAGAUGAUGAAUACAGAAAGUUAUCAGAAAAAGCUGAAACCCUGGUAGAUUACGUAGAUCCAUUAAAAAUAGGAUUUGUAGAUACUGAAUCUAUAAGAAAAUUUCUUGAGGAAGAAUUGUUAAAGAAGGAACUGAAAUUGAUUGAAGAUGAUGAGGUGGAUGAAUUGUUCAAUGAGACCAAAUUACCUGAAGAAGUAAGGGACAUUGAAAUCUUAAGAAGGGAAGUAUACAAUAAACGCAAUGAAUUGAAAAAAAAAAUUCGUGCUUAUUGGAAAAAACACAUGGAAGAAGAAAUCGCUAGGCUCGAGAAGGAAUUAAUGAGGAAAAGUGUUAUUACCAAAGAAGAGGAAGUUUUAGAGGAGGAUUGGAUGGUAGAAGAAAAUAUGAACGAAAGUUCCAGUAUCAAAGAAGCUACCAUACCAGAAACCGUUUCAAAGGAUGAAUACGGAACAAUGUACCUAGGAGAAGAAACAUUUGAAGAAAUGAUGCCUAAAGAAAUAACAUUGCCUGAAAGGCAAAUAUUAAACAAAAUGAUAAAAGAUUAUUUUAGGGCAAAGAUGAAACUUGAACGUAAAGUAAAACAAGAUUUAGAAAAAGAUUCAGAACCUGCUGAAAGCUACAGUUAUGAGGAGAUUGACGAUUAUGAAAUUAGAGAACUUGGAUUCAUUACAAAAUCGAUGCGAAACUUAUGGAAUUUCAUUGGUGUUUGUAAGAAUGCAGUUCGGAAAAAAAUAGGUCAAGACCCUUAUAUUGCACAAGUGCAUGAAUUGAUCAGAGUUUUGAAAAUUUGGUUUUUUGAUCCUUAUAUGACAAGUGAAACUGUAUUUUUGGGGAUCGCAAGUGAUUAUGAUGUAUAUCCUUUUCUGACUGACACAGUAAUGUCCCAGCCUGCUUACUGUGAUGAGAACUUCAGAUGGCAGCCUUUGAAAGAAGCGAAACACUUGUGGCCGAAGGCUCCUCACGAGAAGGUUCCUGACAAUGCUGAAACAGAGGUUCCUUUCUUUAAGCCUCCGAGGGAGGGUCUCCCAUUCUCCAUCGAAUAUGUUUCAGGAAUAAGCUUGGAAUGUUUGAUGCAUUUUGAAAUUCCUCCAGCAUCUUAUUUUCUAACUCAAAGAAAGCUGCAAGAGUAUGCUAACCAUAAAGAAUUUUUCGAUCUUGUGUUCACUACAAGAGAGGCAGAUAAAGCUCAGCUAAAGGAUUUGUUUAGACGAUUGGGACAAGAAGUUGAGUCUUCAGUUGAGGAUUUUGCUGUUGAAGAGGAAGAAGAAGAAGAAGCUAAAGAAGAAGAGGAAAUGGAAGUUGAAAUGGACACUCAUUUUGAAACUGAAUUAAACGCUGAAGAAGCUGAGGAAUUAGAAGAAGAGGAUCUCGGAUUGGGAGAACAAUUACUUGAAGAAGACAUUAAACCUUUGAGAAAAUCCAUACUAAAAUCACACCAAGUGAAUUUCGACUUGCCAACUGAUGCCCAAAUAGAAGAACUUGAUAAAUUAGGCACAGAAGAAUUCGAAUCAAACUUAGAAGGAGAGCAAUUGGAUCAUGAAGGGGCAGAGGAUUUAAGAUCUGUUAAUGAAGAGUUCCAAGAUGAAUAUGAUGAGGAUGAUCCUUUUAAUUUCUUGAGAGGAUAUGGAGAUGAUUUAACUGAAGACACAUUUCUAGCUAUAUUUGAAAAACAAAAAGAUCCCAAUAAAGAACCUGUAGAAAGUGAAAUGAAACCUCCGAAACGGAUGAAAUCAUUGUGGCAGUGUUAUCUCGAAAAGAUAGGUUUUUAUAAUUUGGAGGUUCCACAAAUAUUGGUAGAAGUAAAAGAAAAUGAGCUGGCGAAUGAUGACGAUGUUCAAAACAUGGAAUCAAAGAAGGAAGAAAAACCAGAUAAUCCUUUUGAAGUAGAACAUAAAGAAAAUGAAAACUCAGAGGAAAUCUCAAAAGAAGAAUAUUCUGAAGAGAUGUCAGAAGAAAUGAGUAGGCAAAAAUCACAAGAGAAAACAGAACAGCAUCCUGCAUACUUAAUGAGAGGAAUAGGAUUCAUAGAAGAUAUGGAGCAUGAUUUCUGUCCUCAACAAGUCACUGAAAUGCCUUUAUAUGACCAUUUUAAUGCAAGAAUCGGAGUUGAUAUUGCUGAUAAGAGCAUAAAUGAAGGACAUUGUGAAAAAGUUGGAUUUCCGAUUGAACCGAAAGGAAGGUCUCAGAUAAAUAUGGAUCAGGAAUUGAUGAAGAUCGAUGUUGGAUCAGGAAUGAAACCUGCAGACAAUCCACCAUCUGUUCACGUCUCUGUAACACUUCAUGAACCUAAAGAAUCUGGUGGCUAUAAAAAAAAACCUUCUGAAAUGCCAAACCAAGAAGAAACUAUUAUACAUGUGAGCCUUCCUAUUGGUGAUGAUAACAGUGAUGGUGGCAGUACUGAUUCCUACAUACCUGAAGAGAGUAUACAAGGUGAUAAAUUAGCUGGCCCUUCUGAUGUUAUUACUGAACCAAAGAAAGAAGAUCCAAUGCUGGAAUUGUUUAAAAAUGCAAACAAAAAACAAGAGGAAAUUUCGAUGAAUUUAAAAAAAAAGGCUUCGGAACCUGAGGAUGGUUCAUCUGUAUCUCCUGAGGAAUAUAUAAAUAAUUUCCCAAUGGAACAUCGAAAGGAGUCUACUAUUCCUCAGCAACAAACGCUCAAGAAAGAUUGGGUUCAUGAGUUAGUGGAAGAGUUUAACAGUCCCCAAAAGAUCGCAGCGUUGGAUCGUGCUUCUUGUUUGGCCUCUGUAACAUCAGCGUACCAUUUUAUCAAAGAAAAACAAAGAAUGAAUGCUGAAAAUGAAACAGGUACCUUUGAAAGUUCCAAAAAAGAAUCAGAUGAUGAAGAAAAUGAAGAAGAAAGACAUCACAGAGAAGCGUGGAUCAAAGGUUAUGAGAAAUUGAGAAGGAUAAUGGAACUGGAGAGGUUAAGUGGGAAUUCUUAUCUUCAUUUGGAAUUGGACAAAGAAAAUGAUAGGAUAAAAGUAGAAGUCGCUCAUGAGCAUGAAAAAAGAUUUUCUGACUGGGUCGGCUCUGUUAUUGACGAACAACAGAGAAUUCAGUCCGUGCACGAUUCCUUCUUAAUUGGUGAAUCUCUUGGUGAUUCUAAACAAAUUGUAAGUGAAGAAAAUGGCGAUUCUACCAAAAAGAUUAAAGAACACCGUGUCUGGAUAAAACAGAUGAUAAGGGAAAUCAUUGUGGUAGACCAGAUAUAUGAUUUAGAGAAAUUGAUCCAAUCUGUGAAGUCAUAUAGUGUGAAACUUCCUGGUGAUGAAAUAUUGAAAACUGUCGCAGGUCCCCAUAGUGAACUUCGGUUUUCUAUAUUGGAAGAUAUAGGAAACAUCCUCAAAUCUAAUACAGGAGGAUCAGAUUUAGAAGACGAGAUUUUAGAACCAUCCGAUGAAGAUAUUCCUAAGGACGAAGAAGAUUCUCACGAUGAGCAACACAUGAUACUACGAGAAAUAACAAAAACUGAAAAGGAAAUAACAAAAGAUUGUCACGAUCUGCCGAGCUACAUUCAGAAGUGUCGGGACAAUACAAAAUUGUAUUGCCUCUACCGAGGUGACACGCCGCAGGAAUGGAGAUUUCUCAACCGCCAGCCUAAUGAGAACAAGUUGAGGUUUAAAUAUAAGGCACUGAUUCACAUAAUGCUAACUAUGGCCAAACUUCAAGAAGACUUCGAAAAGGAAAUGGAUGAGCUACAGGAACAAGAAAUCGAUUUUACGAAAAUAUUAUCCGAUGAAAUAACUGAAGAAGAAUUGAUUAGGUAUCAGAAUAAGCCAGGUCCUAAACGUAAAUUUCCUUCUGGCGUGCAUUUCCGCUUCUAAACCAUAUUUAAUAAACAUAUUUAAUUCUGUCUUUUGAAGUACCUCUAUGUUGUUCUUUGUAUUAAUUUUUUCCCUUAUAGACAUUUAGUUUUAACACUUUCAGCAUUCUUCCAGCAGCUUGGAAAUUCACAGAGUUCCUCCUGGCCACACCUGUGGUAUAUUUUAUUGCCAAGUCAAUAAAAAUGGGUUCCAGAGCAACGCAGGUCGUGUUUAAUAAAAUUAAAUACAGUUAAUAAAUAUAAAAACUUGUAGUGGAUGGCCUACGCUUAAGUGAUAUUGAGUGAGGGAAUAAUAAUAAAUGGGUGGAUUUAGUGCAGUAUAAAUUAGAAUUAAUUUUGUAGUGGGCAAAAUGUUAUGGAGAAAAUGUUAAAUAUGCAUAUAAAAACAAUUGGUGAAUGAAGUGCAGAAGAGCAAAUUAAUGAUAGAGUUUGGAACUUUGUGAGGCUGGUGUCAGCAGCUGGCCUGGAAGAGAAAAAGAGGAGCAUCACUUGAGGCUGGGACGUGUACAAGAGAGGUUGUGGAAGCAUCGCGCGAGAGGACUAACUCCAUUGAGGCGUUGUAUCUAAAAGAGGAAGGGUUUAAGAAGCAAAUAGAAGAAAUAUUAUAGGACUUAUAAUUAUUACUGAUUAUUUGACCUAUUUGUUAAAGUAAAUUAGUUAUGUUGGUCAGAAGUGAAUGUAUCCCCUUUUAUUUAGUUUUCCUACAUGUCUCAACAUCUUUUCUGUCCACAACUAGCUGAAGAUCAACAAAACCAGGUGAGCCCAAUUCAUUCUAAGUAAUUAUUGAAGGAAGCUAGUCGACUGUUCUAUAUGUCUUGAGUGACAAAUAUUCAGGAUGCAGUCGUUAUAAAAUUUUUAUUAAUGACGAUGUUUCAACCCAAACAGGCGGGUCAUCAUUAGGGCAUGGUUCUAGCACUGAAGGUAUUCAAGUACCCGAGUAAUU